AUAGGAGGACCCCAAUUGCACAAACUAUGCAGCAUGUGAAUAUUAGUAUAAUAACUAUACAGCAUUUUAGGAGUCGCAUGGCUAUCAACAGGACUGCAAGCUUAAACAUACUCGUCACAAUUAGCAGUGUAAUGAGCAGCAGUGGAUACCGUGGGAGAAGCUUUGGACCACGAGGAGCUCGUACAAAUGGUCCACCCAAUGGCUUUAAUGGACCCAGAUUUUCACAUCCUACCUUCAAUCAUCCACGACCAUCGCACAGAUUACCUGGCCCAAAGUUCGUACCCUGGCAGCAGAACAAAAAUUUUCAUCCACAGUUCAGGGGCAACUUGCAAUAUCGUCCAAAUAGCCGAGGUAGGGCAACAGGUGGUCGUAGGAUAGUAAGGUUUUCUGUUUCUGGUAGACCACCGUUGUCUCAGUUUCGUUUUAUAAGAAAUCCUGUGCAUACAGCCCCAACGUUAGCUCAUGAAGAACAAGUCGAAGAUAAGUCUGUAUUGGCACCACAGACACCUUUGCUUGGUUCUGAAGAGGAACGUCAGCAAAAAAUCGCAGAAACAGCUGACAAGUUGAAGAAAAAAUUGUCCUCUAUUACAGAGAAAGAGCUUACAAAUUGCUGGGAAGAUGAUUUGUCUGUUUUACCAAAUGUUGAAGAAGAGGAUAUACGAAACAGAGGUAUCCCUGAGCUUAGACACGAACCGCCUGAACUUGAUCUAACAUUUACUGACUUUAGAGAUAUAGGCAGAAUCGAUUGCAAUAACUUAAAAUAUGGAAACUUAGAUAGUAAACUUAGUAAUAAGAUUUCAAUUACUUUUGAUAAGAAGCUUGAGGACAAUGUUACAAGUACAAACAAUGAAAUUAUUAUUAUAGAUGAAAGUAGAGAAGAACCUUUAAUUAUUCUAGAUUUGUGUGACGAAGAUGACCUCAAACAAUCAAAUGUGUCAGUGAAAGAUGACAAAUGUCAGGAACAGAUACAUUGUGAAUCACCUGAUUUUGACUGCAACGUAGAAAAUUUACAAUUGCAAAGUAUUACAGGAAAUUUAACAUUUUCAAACGUUAAUGAUGUUGAUGAAAAAUUAUCUACUUUAAAUGUAGAUGAGAAUAUUUGUACAAAUUUGUCACCAACAGAAUCAGUGGAUAAUUCAUUAUUGGAGAAGGUUUCAGAUGUAAAUGACAUAAAAACAGCUUCUACAUCAGUAUUAACUACAAAUAAUCAAGAUGAGUUGAAGAUAGAUUUUUCACAAGAUCAAAACACUGUGCAAGCAGAUAUACAGGAUCAAAAUAGUGAUAUCGCGCAAGAUACCGAUGUAAAUAUAAAACAGAAUGAUCAUAUAGAAACAAAGUUGCUUGAAGAUGAUCAGAUUGAAAACGAUUCAGAAACAAACGUCCCCCAAGAGGUAAUUCAUCAAAAUUUGAAAAAUGUAUCUGAAGAAAUUCACUUAAACAUUGUUUGUGAUCCCACAUCUUCAACGCAUUUAAAUUACAGUGAAGUGAAUAAUAAGUUAAGUGAUGAUAGAAAAUUAAAUAAUCCAGUUGCUUUUCAAUCAAAGGUCUUCAACGAAUCCCCUAGAUUCACUUCGAGAACAGGAAGGCCUAGAUGCCAUUGGACUUUUCAACAAAAUGUAACAAAUUCAUUCUUCAGAGGAGCACAGAGAUUAUCUUUUCAUCAUGGCAAUCGGAUGUCUCUGCCAAAACACGUUACAACUGAUUUAGUUUCAGUUGGAUUUGAUCCACGAACGCUGCCACCAUUUACACAUAAUGUACCUAUUUCAAGCCAUGAUACUCAGCACAAUUCAAUAGUGCCAUUUUCUUCUAACGAUCAGCUCCCUACCUUUGAUCCAAGCGAACCUCUGCCAAACAUAAAAUCAAAACCGUGUACAGAAUCAUUAAAUAAACAGGAAAGUUUACAGCAGUCUAUGCCCUUGGCAAAUGUUUCUCAAAGCACUUCAAAAAUUACAGAAUCAUCCUCUACCUUUGACCACAGGGGGCCACCAUCUAUUAGGAUUCCAUAUGUCUCAGUAACAAUUGAUGAACAGAUACCUGAAUUUAAUCCACAACAGCCACCUCCGAAAAUUCACAAAAGGAAGGAAACCCUUCUACCUCCACCAGUUUUUGAUCCAAGACUCUCUUCUCAAGAGCGUUCCAACUUGAUUGUUCCCUUGGAUGCAUCCAGGUCAAACGCAAUGCCAUCGAAUUUAAUGGAAACGUCAUCAGUGCCGGAUUUCAGUAUUAGUCCUGUUACGCCAAAUUUCCCACGAUUGAACUCUUUCAUAAACACACCGUCGCAUCGACCUCUCAUGUCCAACGUGCAAAUGAACUUUCCAUCUGUUGUGUCAGAAACAAGCGGUGGACAAAGAACGAUGAGGAAGUUUUCAUUACGUCUACCACCUAUGACUAUCACUGAAGUUCCUCCACCGUCACUGAAAGAACCUUCUUCCUCGGUGAAAAGAAAUUCCAAUGCUAAUCAAGGUAUGACCAUGGACGACGGAUUAGAAGACAUGCAAGAAGCAAUGAAAUUUGCAAAGCAGAUGAACUUGACGGAAGAAGUGAAGAACAAGGACACACCAGUCCCUGAAUCAACAGAAUUAACACCGGCAGAAAUUCCAGUGCCAGUUAAAAUUGCAGAUGGCUCUCUAACAAUAGAAGAAAGAAACGCAAACAAUGCAAAGAAACAAAGGAGGAAAGAAACGCAAACAAUGCGAAGAAACAAAGGAGGAGAAAGAGAUAAGAGAAACAGACAAAAUGUUGUAGCUUGUGGAUUAGAGUUACCUGGCUCAGAGAAAGAAGAGGAUAUGGAAACGACAGACAAGGGGCAAAGUGCAGAAAGUCAGAGCAAAAGUACAGAAGACGUGUUACUGUCGAACGACCAAGCAAGGCCCAAAGUGGUGUUCAACUUGAAUUCCAAGACGAAGAAAAUACACAAACCAGAGGAGUGGCGCAGGAUCUCUCUGAACGUUCCAGAAAUCAGAGUGACCUCCCAACAAAGCACGGUGCGAAAUUUAAACGAGCAGAGAUCCAUCUCUAGGAAGCAUCAUCCUUUUGAGAGCAGGAACAACAGGAAUCAAAGUAGAAGCCAGCAGAAGCAGGUCAAAAUGAAGAGGAGCUCUGACUCUGAGCAAGUGGCAAGUGGUGCCCCCACGCAGAAGAAAUCGAGCAACAACGCUCAGUCUCAUUGUCACAAGAGUCAGAGGGACUCGGAGAAGCAGCAAGAAAACGUGACAGCGCGUCAGAGCCAGAAGCCAAGGGAAGAGGCUAGAAAGGAGAAAGCUCUCACCUCGGAGUCCCUGUGGAAGAAAAGAAUAAUCAGCCGUUUCCUGAAGAUGAGCAAGAACGACAUUUGCAACAUGGUGAACAACUCGAGCCUUCGCAAGUUCGACAUCGUGAUGGAGCAUCUGGUGAAGGAGAGGAAGUCGUCGCUCUCGUUGGAGCUGCGCAACGUCGAGGACGAGAAGAUGAAGGAGUACGACAGAAUCGAAUUUAUGAACCAGCUGAACGCGAUGCUGGACCCGAGCGCCGUUGUCGGCAUCACCGACCUGCCAACGGAGUUCAUCCAUCAUCUGAGCGAAGUUCUUCAGCUCGAUAUACCGUUUGACGCCCUGACGACCGAGUCGGACUCGGUUCUCGAUGGGACGAACGUCGGAAACCAGAGGGAGAAUUUGGACACUCAGGAACACAAUGUGCAACAGGACAAGCUCUCACCUAGGGUUAAAGAGGACCCUAAUCAUCACUAUCAUCAUCAUCAUCAUCAUCACGUGGACGCAAACUCGUCGCAAACUCGAUUGAACUCUCUCGCCGGUGAGGCGGAGAGCACGCACAAGAAGCAACAGCAGCCAUUGUUCAACGAGGCUGACUUGGACGACAUACUGUCGCAAGUGGCGGAGAGGACGAGGACCUUGUCGAGCAGCAGUCUGCCCGCGGAGGGGAUCGUCACAGUGUCGGACGUUUCGUCGAUUCAAACAGUCGACUCGAACGCGGAGUCGACACCCACGAAGCGAGUUGCCAACAGAAGUUCGGCGACUGAUCUCGACGAUAUUUUUUCAGCAGGGAUCGUUCGAGCCAGGCAGCUCGAGAGUAACACGAACGUGGAUCAUCCGAGGGCACGGAAGUCCAGCUCGGUGGACCGCAGCAACAGCUCGCGUCGAUUCGAACGAUACGAGAGGUGGAACAGAAAGGCGCCGGAGGACCCGGACACGUUCAGGAAUCUGACGAAAGAGGAGUGGGAGGCGAAGUACGGGUCUACGGUUGAAGCGACUCUGCCGCCUCGGAGGAACGCCUCGAGCAGCGCUGAGAAUCUGAGCAGCCGAGGAGCUCGCCGAAGACACUGCUCCUUGGACGACUCACCCGCUCGACGUUUCAGCGUGAGUCCUCUGAGCCGCGUGGAAGUUGUUCAUGCGCGCAACAACGCAGCAGACAGGUGCGUUGACGAUGCUUCUAACGAGAGAAUGAACGACAAGGGAGAGAAGUCUGAGAGUAGCAGCGAGGAGAGCAGCUCGAGCAGUUUCAGCGACAGCGACGGCGAGGAGAAGGCGGUGGCUGCCAACGUGACGAAAUUGCUGAAGGUGAUCAAGGAGAAGGAGAAGAUCGCGAAGAAUAGGUCGUUGAACGAGACGAUCAGGGACGAGGUGGCCGCUGAGAUCGAGAAGGAGUGGAAGGAGAAGAGCAAGCACAAGGAGAGUAGGUCCCGCAAACGCGAGAGAAGGAAAAAAGACAGGCUUAGAGAGAAACGUAGGAGAGAUAAGAGGAGGAGGAAGAGGCGAGAUUCUCACUCGAGCUCGAGGUCCGACUGCGGCCACGGGGACGAGCUCCGGCUACUGACGGAGGACGAGAUCAAGAAGGAAGUGAAGGACGAAAAGCGAGAUGAAUCUCAGUGCUUGCGGGCAGAGAAGGAACAACAGGUCUCCACUCUUCCUUCCAACGUCGAGCAAGCAACGUCAACGGCCGGUUUUCCAGCAGCCACGCAGCGGAAAACCAAGGCGCAGCUGAAACAGAUGCCGAAGCCAAACGAUCAGAAACAAAUGACGACGGAGCAGCUGGCUGAAAACCUGAAGAUCAAGAGCGAUCGUCCCCUGGAAGUGGACAUAGAUCACGAGACAGCAAGGAGCUGCGACAACGAACAAAUAGACACGACUGCGCCAUUGUCCGUCAAGGAAUCAUCAUCCUCGUGCCUUCAGUCGUCCAACGAGAUUACAAUUGUUAACAGCACGACACGUGCGGUGAUAAGCAACGCAACCAACGACAACACGAUCACGGACGCUGUUGCUUUCGAUAGCAAAAAGGUGAACAAAGAUGGCAACAAUUACAGGAAGAUAGACAUAAAAGCGUACAAAGAGCGGGCGUUGCAGAGACGUUCGAAGGAGUUGGAACGUGGCCAGGUGAAGUCUAGUCACGGCUCGUCAGCUAAGAGCAAGUCGAACGUCGAACCUGGCUCGUCGGAGAACGAGACAAAGACGGGCAAGGAUCCUCGACCAAUCAAGGUGAGAUCGACCAUCGCACAGGAGGGGGAGGAGUCUGACAAAGGAGUGAAAGAGAGGAUUAGCAGCUCGCAAGGGGAUCGUCAGAGGGAACUUUCUAGUCGAUCGGCAGACAUCGAUCCAAGCACAGUUGUUGCAGAUCCCGCUAGAUCGAAAUCCAAGGGACAGGACGAGCACAAGCGGCGAGAAGUGGAUGAUAUGAAAGGACCUGGCGGGAAGAAGAUAGCCGCAGGCUUCGUCAGCUCGAGGAGAAGACCGAACAGAUCGAUGGCCGUUGACUCGUCCAAGUUCAAGAACAUCCGAUCCGAGGGUGACAAGGAGUUGAAACUGAUCAAGGAGAAGACGAAGAGAAGAUCGAACGAGAAGAAGAGGCUGCCGAGUAAACUCGAGAAGAGGAAGAGCUCGACGAAUAUAAUCGACAGGAGAACAACUCCGCAGAAACGUUUGCAUGUUGGCAACAACAACAACAACAACAACAACAGGGAGAACGUUAUUACGAGUUCGAUGACACGAGUCAAUAACGAAACGAUCGUUUCAAAUCAGAAAGAGAAAGGAGAUGACGAUGGAAACUUAACGAGCUCGGAUUCAAUGGAGAAGAAACAAGCGAGUACAAUGUCGGUCGAAUCUACGCCUAUUGAAAGCUCGAUUAAACAGAGCGACGUGUGUAACGACGUGUCAUCGACGGACUCGAUGAACCACGGCCACGACGAAUCGAUUCCCGUUGAAAAAUGCACGAGCAGCGCAGCACCUUCUUUCCCAGACCGUGUCGCCAGGGAAUCUCAUCAAUUGUUGAGCGAGCGGAUCGAUGUCGAUAUCGAGAAACACGGCCGUAGGAUUAACGUGAAGAACUUCAAGAACGACGAGGCAUCUAUUGGUGCCAAUUGUGUUCCAGAGGCGAGCAACGUAGAUGAGAGAACGAGCGACAACAGGAGAACAGCGAGAUGGCAGCAAGAUGCAUCGGGCGAGAAUUCGAGGUCACAGGUGAGUGACAAGGCAACAGCGCCCCCGAGUGGUUCCAGCAGCCCGUUCAAGGGUUUCCUCGUUGACAACGACGUUUACCAGGUGUCUCGAUUCUGUCGUGCAAGAGUGGACGACCAGAUUGUUGGGGAGAGCUCGCAGGAGCAGGGAGAGCCUAACGACAAAUCUACCUCAGAAUCAAGAACGGGAGAGAAUGGCGGUAACGAGAGGGAGAAGUCCAGCUUGGAGAACGUCGACAAAUAUCCAAGUGUGAAUGACGACGACGACGGUAAGGAUGGCGAAAUCGAGAACCAGGACCAGAGGAAAUUCCUAUCCGUCGCCGGGAUUGAAAAUCACGACACGUUCAUCGAGGACAGCGAGCCGUUCAUCGUCCUCGACGAGUACAUAGACGAGAAGUUCAACUGCCAGCCUGACCUGCAUGCCAAAGCCGUGGAGCAGCAGAACGAAACGCGUGAAAACGAAAGAGAAACACUGCCUCGAGAGGACGAUACCUUACCUCUACAGCUGUUCACAGACACUACGAACGUGUUCCCUUCUGUUUCAGUAUCGAACGUGGAAUCAAACUCGAAGACAGUGGCGGAGAGCCAAGCAGAAUAUUCGCAGAAUGUUACUGACACAGCUAAGGAUACCUCGCAAAAAGGCGACACGACGAGACGAAAGUCGAUCAAAGAAGGGAUAGUCGUUGAUAAGAAGAAGUCACUUGGCUCCGCCUUGUCAGACGGAAAAGACAGAAGAAAUAGGCUGUUGAACAGCGUGAGGAAUAAACCGAGGAUGAAGCACAAGAAGAAGACUAGAAGACUGAAGCAGCCAACGACGAAAGAAGUUGUGAUGGCCAGGAUGAUCGAGAUCGACGUGGAGAUCCACAAGCUAAUGACGGAGAAGAUGACCCUCUAUCAGAUGUUGACGAGCGACAAGAGCCUGCAACAAAGCAACAAAGCGGAGGACAAGAACGUGACCGCUGAGUCGCCUGUAACUCGACCACCGUCCUCGGUGAUGUCCAGGUUACUUCAAAACAUGGACACUGCACCUGCGAGUCACUGCGAGAGAGAGAGAGACAGCACGGCCAGCCCUAAUAUAUCCAAGACGUUGGGCAAGCACAACCAUCAUAAUCAUCAGGAGAGAGAAAGGAAGGAAAGUUGCGUCAGCGUUUGUGACUCGGAGGGUGAAGAAAUCGGCGCCAGAUCGUCCAAGAAAAAGAAGAGACAGAGGCCUGAAAGAACGGCGAAAAGGUUUGAGAGUAAACUAGACAUUGUUGAGAUUGGGAAGAGACAGGCAAGCGAUAAUAAUAACGCGAUGAAAUUAACGUGUAGAAGAGAGGACGCCAGGCGGCCAGCAACGAUACAAACUUCACUUUUUCCAGAUCAGUUCUUAACGAAGGUCGAAGCGGACGUCGCCGGGAAUGACACGAGUAACAAAUCUCAGACGGGCAAUGACGUGGAAUCGGCGAAGAGUCGGGAGAGCAAAACGCCAGAGAGGCUGUCGAUAUACUCGGACGACAGUACUUGGGACUCGUUCCAUCAGAAUCCGACGAUCGCCGCUGACGAUCAGAAGAAACCGAGCACCGGCCUUGCCCUGCUGGAGGAAACGUACAGGAGAGAAAUGGCGAGAGCGCGACGUACGCGAGAGAGAACGCGUAAGAGGAAGAGGAAACUAAGGAACAUGCUGAGGAAUACGGUGAACGAUUUGACAUCUGACGAGGAGGAGCUGCCACUUGCCACGCUGUACGCGAAGAAGCUGCAUCAGAGGAGGGAACUGUUGGACUCUCUGGAGCAAGGAACGAGACAACAACAAGCGAGCGACCCGCAGUUGUGGAAGAACGUGGUGGAAAUAAUAAACGCUGUGGCAGAGAACAGAACGUCCGACCUUUACACAGAGGGACCAUCCACGGAGAAAAUAUUAACCGAAGCUACUACUACCGUACUAACCUCAGCGGAGAACCUUGAUUUUCAAACCGGCCAAGAGGAACAAAUGGCGCCCGCUUCCGCGUUGAAAGAUGUCGACCAAUCGCCGACAGAGCUGGCUACAAUUUCUGAAAACAAUAGCGAAAGAAAUGAUGCUAAAACGGACGAGCCGCAAGCAACGAUGCUGCCUGACCAAUCGCAAGAGCUUCCAAACAGUGAGCAUUUCCAACAUCAUUUCCAACAAGAUUCAGAAAUUACGAGAGAUUUGCUUGACACUAGAUGCAACACAGAUGAAAUUGGUUUAGCAGAGUCCUCUGUGCAACAAACUGUAGCGAGCAACAUCGUCGAUAUCAAUCGAACGACGAUCCUCGAUCGAGAAGAUUCAGAUUCGUGUCGAUUCGCCGAGUCGAGCUCGAGUAACAUUCCCAACGAUCGAAACGUCUCGAACGUGUCGGAACAUCCGGAAAUAUCCGUAGAAAAGAUUGACGUGGAAACGAAGAAAUCUCAGUCGAAAGACAAAUGUAUUAACGUCGACGAGAAUAUCGUGGCGCUGGAUCCUGUCGACAGACAGUUCGUAACAAAACCUACAGAGAAAACGGAAGAGAAAAACUCCGACAUCGCGCUUGAAUCUGACGUAAUUAUUGCGGACGAGACUACAUCGAAGAACAAAGCCGACGACACUGAAUUGGAAAACGCAAACGAAAGCAAUGUGCAAGAUCUCUUAACUGUCAAUGACAAUGGCGACAAUCACAGUAUUGGAGAAUCGAAUCGUCAAGGCAAACACUUUGUAAGCAUGAGAGAGCACAAAGAGCCGCGUAAAAGGAAAGACACCGAGCGAUCCGGCGAGGAGAACAAUAAUCAAAGUUCCUCUUUCAUCGAGAGCGGCGAAGCGUUUCUCAGUAAAAAGCUGCUGAAACGUAAGAAGGGAAGCAGCAAAACAACUGUUCGACGAAGCUCGAGAUACGAGGAGCCAGCGAAACGCAUAAAAGUGGAAGCUGACACCGCGAUUCCAGUUGCAAAGCAAGAUGAGAAGAAUUUCAGAACGCAGUCGCCGUGCGAGGAACUCGAGAACGUGCUGGUAAAUCCGAAAAAGUGUCGCAGCGUUCAGAGACCGGCAGCCAACAGAAAGAGAUGCACGCCCACGCUCUCAGAGAUGGAGGUGGCGCCGCACGAGUCGAGCGGCGAAUCGUUGAAAGGAUUUGAAAAACACAGCAAGUACACAAUGUGCGAGAUGAUGAAUUGCAUGGUGCGGCUGGUGGAUUGCAGACACACGAUUUUGAAAUCGAACGUCAGCUCGAAUGUAUUGCGAAAGUACGGAAUAGCCAGAGUUAACAUGCAUUGUGUCAACUGCCUUCAAACAGAUGCUCUCGUAAGUUCCACGCAAUCGACGUUGACCAAAGACUCGUCCUGUGAAUCGCCACAGAAUCAGACUUCGAAAUCGAUGAGAAAGAUUGACGACGCAGCACGAUGUGCCACAAGCGAGCAAAUUAGUUCCGCUAAUAAAGUCAAGAGAGUGACGAAAACCGCGAAAGUGGAUUUGUUGCCGGUGAACGAUACGGAGGAACGCGAAAAUCCCGACAUCGAAGUCAUGCCGGUUUUGGUAAAUGAAUUCGUUACUAUGGACAUUGCGGAGAAUUGUGAGAAAUCGGACAUCGAGAUUGUGGAAGAGAGAGUGCGAGUCAUUAAGAACGAACAGCACAGCGAUUCCGAACUGCCAACGACUGUGAUAGACAAAGAGGACAAAGAACAAGCGAGGACGCAGUACACGGUUCAUAAAGGUCCUAUUUUAGAUAUUAAGGUUUUUGAGAAUUCAUUCCUAGCUGCAAGUGAAGAUGGCAGAAUUUAUAGGUAUAAUCAAGCGUCUAAUGGAAUAUUGAAUAUUUACAAAGGUCAUAAAGCGGCAGUAACGUGUUUAUACGUGUACAAUGUAAUUAGCACAGACAUUAGCAAAGAAUGGAUGUUCUCUGGUUCGUUGGAUGGAACAUUGCGAUGUUACAACAUAAAAACUGGAAUACAAGUGAGAGACACAGCAGACAUAGGCAGCCCUAUACAAUGUAUGAACGAAGCAUGGGGAAUAAUUUUCAUUGGCACCAAGUCAGGCCAUGUGCUACGUUAUCAUAUGAAGACAGGCGUUAUUAAAGGAGACAGUAUACAAUUCUCAGAUAAGUCUGUGCUAGCUUUAAAAGCAACUAACGAGGGUCCACGAAGAGUUCUUAUUGUAGCAUCGCGUAGCCAACCGAUAACGAUACGAGAUGCUCAGAGCGGCCUAUUUCUUCGUACAAUUUGCGGUCAAAAAAAUCACACUGUGUACAGCCUAAUGCGUAACGAUAAUUUAAUUUACUGUGGCACGAGUAGCACGUCUAUACCAGUCUUUGAUUUUACGAAUGGCGAACAAACGAUGCAGUACAACGCUGGCGUAGGAAUCGUGUGUAUGCGUCUGUACAAACAACUAUUGUUUGCCGGUUGUUAUGACGGAAAUAUUUAUGUGUUCGACACAAAGGUUAAUAUGAAAUUAAAAAACAACGAUGUCCGUUGUGAGAGAGUUGUGUAUUAAUUUUCGAACGAAUUUUAGGAUCAUCAGUUUGUAUGUAGCAUACCUGGACCUGGUAAUAUGUUGUUAAGUAUGGAAGUCGUAGACAAUAAGGUAUCUAAACUAUCUUCCUAAAAUGCCAUUGGAAUGUCAUGUUGCACCGAGUCUAACGUUCGACGAAUUUAUUCUUCUAGAUUAUAGCUGGUAGCAAAGAUAAACGCUUACAAUCAUGGCAAAUGCCUCGACAAGUACGAUCUUUGCUACAGAAGGUGAAUCAAGCUUGAACUGAUAAAUUCUAGUCUAGUCGUGCUCCCUCGAGAAAAAGCAUUACUAAGUUUGGAGUACAAUUUAUAAUGAAAUCAUUGUACAUACAGACUCAGAGAACUUACUUUGUAAUAUACAAUAUAUAUAUAAAUACGUUUGUACAGGAGAUUAGAUAAAUUUAUAAUGUCGCGAAAUUGGAGUAUUUAUAGUACGUUUAAAAAAAAAAAUUGUAGUGGAUUCUUGUUUUUUAUUCCAUUUUGUCAAUUCGCACUAGUGUAGGUAAUCCGUCUGUGCCUUAUGCGCAACAUGUAUGUGACAUGCUUUUCUCAUAUUCUUUAACAAAGAUACAAGAAAUGUAAACGCGAUCACAAAGACACGCACUCUUUGUCGUUCGAAGUUUUUGAACCUUUGCACUUAUUUUUUUCUUUUUUUGUAUUCUGGAUAUAUAUUCGGAGCGUUAUACGAUAUAUAUCUAGAAAACUGUAACACAAUGUAAAUAUUAAUAAUAAUUAUAUUUAUUGUUUUAUAUUGAAUUUAUAGGUGGCUGACAGCAUUUCAUAAUUUGCUUGAUGAGUGCAAAGGAUUGAAGUGUAUAAAAUCAACUUUAUUACGGGAACAUUUAUUUGAAUUAAAUCAGUAAGAAACGUGAGUUUGAUUGCAUUGAUGGAAUACAUAUCUUUCCGAACAAGAAUUGUUACAAUGAUUUGUUUCUUUGUUCCAAAUAUAUAUAUUUUCCUUUGUUAAUAAUUUAUUUAUUAUGUUAUUAUUUAGACAUCAGAUCAUAAUUCA